AUGGCCAAAAGUUCAUCAGAUAUACUUAAAGAACGAGACACGUUCCUCCAACAUUUAGGAGAAGACAUAAGUAAAUUUGAUAAAACAAUCCAGACCUUAACCAAGGAACAAGAAACCAUAGACUCUUUAAUAACUAAUUUACAAACACUUAAAACUUAUCCCGAGCACGAAGCAGUUAUUCCGUUAGGUAAAAAUAUCUACAUGAAAGGCAGAAUAGUGCACACUGGAGAAUAUUAUGUAAAAAGAAUUGCUCAUCCUGAUUCCAUAAUAAUGCUACAAACUGCUGAUGACACUAUAAAAAGACUUGAGGAAGAGAAGAGGACAAAAGAGGAUGAUAUCGAAAAAGCUGAGUAUUCAAAGUUCCAAAUAGAGGAGAGAAUUAAAAUACUUAAAGGCGAAGAUUCAUUUCAAGCCGACAAUUCAGAUAUGCCUAAAGAAAUUAAAUCUGAAAAAGGAGUUGCUGUUAGGAUGGGAGAUUUUUACGAAAUAUUGGAAUUUGAAGAAUGAUUCAUAGUUUUAUUAUAAUAAAUUAUAGUUUUAUUCUAAUUAUUAGAUAUCUUGUGAAAAGAACAGGACAAAUAUUUUUUUAAAAUAAAAUCUAGUAUAAUU